AUGGAUUCCAGAUCUUGUAUAGUACAUAUAUAUGAAGAUGAAGCAAGCCGUAUCAGCAAGUGGACAUUACAAUACCCUAAUAUUGAAACCGGUGGUGAUAUCUUCGGGCUUUGGUUGAACGAAAACGAAGUCGUCAUUCAAGCGGUUAUUGGCCCUGGUCAAAACUGUCGUCGCACUUCCACCUGGUUCUUUCAAGAUGAACAAUAUUUAAACAGUGUCGGAGAAUUACUAAUUCGUGACGAAGGUCUAUGCGUAGUUGGUUCUUGGCGUUCUCAUCAUACUAUGAACAUACCCGAGCCCGGCCAUGAAGAUAAAGACACAGUUUGGCGCCAUCUGCCCACACCAGGGAGGUUUGUACUGCUUAUCGCUACUAUCGAGAUGAAAACUGGAGCACCUAAAGUUCAAAUGGGUUUUAAUUUGUUUGAAUCAACUAGUGAGGGGAAUAAAGUAAUUCCCAUGAAGUUGGAAAUUCUGCAAGGACGAAGCCCUGUUCGAGCGAAUAAAGCAGUGAGCAGUCGAAUGCUUGAAAGCGCCGAGAUCACAGCUGACCCAGAACCACAGAGACCAGAAUCAUCCGUGCAGUCGGGCCUGACCGAACCGGAAGUGAAUGAACAGAGAUGUAGAAAACCAGAUAUGCAGUAGAGUCCAGCGUACAACGACGGACGUUGUUUCUUAAAAGAUCAGGAAUCAAGUUGUUGGGGAGAUCGCCCGCCAUUGCAACAGUAUGUAUACUGCGAUGGACGUCCAUAUAAUACUUCUGCAUCUUCUGAUCAUUCAACCUUUGAAACAAAUUCAACCCCCAAAGAUCUUUCAACCCCUGAAAAAAGUUCGACCCUCAAAAAACAUUUAUCCCCCGAAACAAGUUCGACUCCCAAAGAUCAUUCAACCCCUGAAACAAGUUUGGCCCCCAAAGAUCAUUCAAUCCCCGAAAUAUAUUCGACCAACAAAGGCAAAGAUCCUUCAAAACCCGAAACAAGUUCGACCCGCAAAGAUCAUUCAACCCCCGAAACAAGUUCGACCCGCAAAGAUCAUACAACCCCCGAAACAAGUUCAACCCCCAGAACAGGUUCGACCGUGUUCGAAAGUGCUGCAUCAGAAGUGAAUGUACAAAGAUAUAGGAAACCGGAUGAGAAGGGGCGGUACGACCGUAGCAAUUUCUUCAAAAGCCAGAAAUCGGGUGCACAGGGACAUCGCAAACCAAUGCAACAGGAUAUAACAUGUGAUUCUGGUCAUUCAGAAGUUCGAACCCCAAAACCGCGUCAUGACGCUAAGGUCAAGCGGCCUGCUUAUACGUCCUCACGCAAAGCCCUGUCCAAUGGUAGAGAGGGGAUGACAUUGUAUCAUUAUGGUCAUCCACUUGGCUCUUGCGAAGAUUGUCGUAAUACCGUAGUGAGACAGAAGAGGAGCGGCGAAAUGGUUGUGGAACAUGGUACAAACAAAUGCACUAUCCUGUAGAACACAGAUAAUUCUAAGACUAUAGUUAUGGUCCCUAGUAUCACACUUUGUUAGGUUUAUAUGAGUCUUCUUGAAUAUGUGCUAAAAACCAUCCGAACAAUGGAAGAACAGAAAUACGAGGAAAUCUUCGAAGAUAUAUCGCUUAGUAAAACGGUCAUUUCGUUUAUGUUAUCUCCAUUUAUGUUUCGGACGCAGUAAACGCCAUGUACGCUAUACGUACCUAUUUUUAAAUAUGGAUUAGCAGUCCAGAUAUAAAAGGUAUUUGUAACAUAUUUAUAUAACAUGAAUUUUAUUCAUGUAACAUACGAUAUGUAUUUAUCGAUACAAUAAAGAUUAUUAUUGACUGAGCCGUAUAUCCACACCGGGCAGGCUGAAAAGUUAGCCUGACCACGGUGGUAAUCGAACCCGCGGCCUUUGGGAUACUAGCCAGCCUCGUCCCCGGCGCUUUGAUGGCUUUGAUGUUGCGUGACGCGCGCGCGGGAGCACCUCGACUCACGCGCGUGCGUCACGCAACCGCUUAGCACAUCAAAGCGCCUUGGACGAGGCUGGAUACUUGUCCAACCAAGAAAUCCAUGGUGUACGGUUCAUACAAGAAGCGAGAAUCAAAAAGGUAACGAGGUUACAAGGCUGCACAACCAGUUCUCGUCUUUAGAGGACGAGGCAAAUGAACUAAACAAUAACAGUGACUUUGAUGCUUCCGUAAUUAAUAUUGAUUCUGAUAUACAACAACCAACACUUAGUCAAAAUAUGUCUGAGAGUACAAGUAAAUCUACAGAGCCCAAGGAUGACAGAACGCAAGGUACAAGUGGUAACAGUGAUCGAGUACCAAAGAAAGGUAUUGCACUUAUUGGGGAUUCAAUAAUCAAAAAUGUUAGUCCGGUAAAACUCUCAAAAAGGAAAGUUUAUAAAUUCACAUAUCCAGGUGAAACAACUAUAGAAAUAACUAAUGAGCUUGCCAAAAUUAAUAUUAAACCGGACCCGUCUCAUGUUGUUAUUCACGCAGGGACAAAUGAUGUCCCUGUUGAAUCUAUAGACGAAUGUGUUGGUAACAUGGAAAAACUUAUUACAACAGCUAAACAGAAAUUCCCUAAUUCUAAAAUUGGAAUUUCUGGACUUACAUUGAGACAAGAUAGUGAUUUAAUAUCAAAAAUAGAAGAAAUUAAUGAGAAAGUUCAGAGUUUGUCAUCUAAGCAUGAUGUGACAUUUAUAAGUAAUAUGUCAAUAGAUGAGACAUGUUUGAACUCUAGUGGCCUGCAUCUAAAUGCAAAGGGGACUGCCAUACUAGCUACACAUUUUAUUAAGUUCCUUAGGGAUGGGCAAUCCUUAAGUUCACUGUGCCCACAAAAACAUUCCCGUCAGGAUUUUCCAAAGAACACAAUAAACCAUCUGGCAGAACUACUAAAUGCGAUAAUGAACGUGAACAAGUAA